CCACGUUAACAAACGACAAAAAUAAGGACCGUUUCCACAAAACUGGCACUUUAUUACGCAGAACGAGCAAAGAUUAAUAAGAGGCACAGUUUCGUUUAUUGCAUUUAAAACGAUUUGCCCGUUGUUUGCGUUUUACACUACACGUUUUGGGUGGUGUUGUUGGCAGCGGCUCCAGUUGUCAAAUGAACACGUCAGCUGUUGAUUGUAUUUUUCAAAAAAACCACCCUCCGUAAACAAGACACCACUUCAACCCCCUUGCGUUGUAACAUUCACGGCAUCAUGACGUCGCUACGCCAGAAACAAAUCAAUGCUCUCAAACAAAUGUUAAAUUUAAAUCAGCCCCAGACGAAAUUGGCCGCCUCUGAACCGAAGUGGAAAGUACUGAUUUAUGACAGUGUGGGUCAAGAUAUUAUCUCAGUUUUGAUAUCAGUCAAAGAAUUGAGGGAGUUGGGAGUAACACUUUUUGUGCAGUUGCAUUCAGAUCGUGACCCUAUUCCUGAAGUACCUGCGGUCUAUUUUUGCGCACCGACGGAGGAGAACUUGGGUCGAAUUGCUCAAGAUUUCCAAAAGGGCAUUUAUGAUAUUUAUCACUUGAAUUUUAUCUCGGCUAUUUCCAGGCAGAAGCUUGAGGAUUUGGCGUCUGCGGCUUUGCAGGCGAAUUGUGUAGCAAAUAUACAUAAAGUGUAUGAUCAAUAUGUCAAUUUUAUCUCAUUAGAUGAUGAUAUGUUUAUUCUUAAGAAUCAAAACAGUGAUGCUUUGUCAUAUUAUGCUAUAAACAAAGGUGACACCAAAGACACAGAAAUGGAUGAAAUAAUGGAUAAAAUCGUUGAUUGUUUGUUCUCGGUUUUUGUAACCUUGGGUACCGUUCCCAUAAUAAGAAGUCCCAAAGGGAACGCCGCUGAAAUGGUGGCCAAAAAACUUGAUAAAAAAUUACGUGAAAAUUUGGCGGAUGCCCGCAAUAAUCUACUUCAUUCGGAUACUCAGUCUGGUAGUUUCAAUUUCCAAAGGCCCCUUUUAAUAAUUUUAGAUAGAAAUGUUGAUAUGGCGACACCCUUACAUCAUACUUGGACUUACCAGGCGCUGGCGCAUGAUUUGUUAAAUCUGACCCUUAAUAGAGUUGUGGUUGAAGAAAGUGCGUCUAGUGGAGGAGUUCGCGCCAAAAAUCGAACUUGUGAACUAGACACAAGAGACAAAUUUUGGUCAGGACAUAAGGGAUCCCCCUUCCCCACUGUAGCUGAAGCUAUCCAAGAAGAGUUAGAACAAUAUAGAUCCUCUGAAGAAGAAGUGAAGAAAUUAAAAACGUCGAUGGGAAUAGAUGGAGACAGCGACAUAGCGCUAUCUCUAGUCUCGGAUAAUACGGCCAAAAUUACAUCAGCGGUUAAUUCUUUGCCACAACUUCUAGAAAAGAAAAGACUAAUAGACAUGCACACAUCCAUCGCGACAGCGCUCCUCAACGGGAUCAAAUCGCGCAAACUCGACAACUUCUUCGAACUGGAGGAAAAAAUCAUGAGCAAAACUCAAGCUUUAGAUAAAACCAUCUACGAUUUAAUCGCUGACCCGGAAACCGGCACCCCUGAAGACAAAAUGCGCUUGUUUAUAAUAUUUUUCAUCUGUAGCCCCCACAUGGGCGACAGUGAUUUGAAGCGAUACGAGGCAGCUCUAUCUGAAGCUGGUUGUGAUUUAUCCCCGAUUCACUACAUCAAAAGAUGGAAGAGCUACGCAAAAAUGGCAUCAAGUUCUAACCAAUACGAAGGUGCUGGCACUAAAACCGUCAACAUGUUCUCCAAAUUGGUGUCCCACGGCUCUAACUUCGUAAUGGAAGGCGUAAAAAACCUAGUGAUUAAACGCCACAACCUCCCCGUCACCCGCAUCGUGGACCACCUAAUGGAGUUCAAAAACAGUCCCGAGAUGGACGAGUACCACUACCUAGACCCGAAACAACUGCGCGUGACAGAGAUCCCCAGAAACCGAUCACCAUUCCAAGACGCCAUCGUGUUCGUAGUCGGUGGCGGCAACUACAUCGAGUACCAAAACCUCGUCGACUACGCCAAACAAAAAACGUCUGCGGGGAGCACGAAACGGAUAACCUACGGAAGCUCCACCCUCGCAAACGCUAAACAAUUUUUAAAACAGCUUUCUUUGUUAGGCCAAGAAAUUGUGUAAUUUUCUAUAAUAAAUAUUUAUUAACUAGAAA